GCAACUGUAAGUCAAUUCAAUCUUUAGAUACGUCGUUGUUGAGUAGCUCAUACGACCCGACCAAAAUUGCCAAAAUUCAAAGAAGCCGGCAACUUGUCAAACCAAAAGUGUCAAUUUAUGGCCACAACUCAGAAAAAUAAGUGAAAGGGCACUGGUUGAUGAAUGGAAAUGCCCAGAAAAAUGUUAAUGAAAGCUUUGCUUCUAGUGUUCUUCCUCCUCUUCCCAAUUUGCACGUCUGUUGACACCAUAGCAACGGACCAACAUGUCAAGGACGGUGACUUGCUGGUGUCUAAAGAUAAUAUCUUCGAACUAGGGUUCUUCAGCCCCGGGAACUCCAGGUACAGAUAUGUCGGAAUUUGGUAUGCUCAAAAAGAUCAAAAAGCAGUGGUUUGGGUUGCAAACAGAAACAACCCCAUCAAUGAUACCUCUGGAGUCCUUACUAUAGACAGGUAUGGAAGACUGCUUCUUUAUGCUUACAAUAUGCAGGAUAUUCCUAUAUGGUCUACAAAUGUGACGGUCCAAACCGCAAUCACUAGUUGCAGGGCUCAGCUAGAUUCUGGAAAUCUAGUUCUUUUCCAAGAUAACAAAAGUGAAAGUUUUAUGUGGCAGAGUUUUGAUCAUCCUACAGAUACUCUCCUUCCAGGUAUGAAACUUGGCUUCAAUUGGAAAACGGGGAUACAAUGGGUCUUAACAUCUUGGAAGUCACAAGAUGACCCUGGAACUGGGGACUACACUGUUAGGCUCCGUUCCAAUCAGCGUUUCAAACCCCAAUAUUUUGUUACUUAUAAAGGUUUGACUCCAUAUUGGAGAAGCGAUCCACUGGAAGACCCUAGUUUUGUCAGUAAUCAGGACGAAAUGUAUUACUUAAUUCCAAGCGACAGCACUCCAAUAAGGGUGGUCUUGAAUGAUUCUGGGUUACUGCAACACCUGAGAUGGAACAAUGCAGAUAGCAAAUGGAACGAAAUCUGGUCUGCGCCAAAAUAUAGGUGUGACCAGUAUGGACAGUGUGGUGCCAACAGCAAAUGUAGCCCUGACAAUAUCAAUUUAUUCGAGUGUGCGUGCCUGCCAGGGUAUGAACCAAAGUCUGUCAAUGAGUGGAAUAGGAGAGAUGGGUCAGGUGGUUGUGUCAGUAAACGAGUUGCGGUGUCAAAGUGUGGGAACGGAGAGGGGUUCACGAAAGUGGCACGAGUUAAAGAUCCUGACACAAUGAAAGCAGCACGGUUGGAAAACAGUACAAGUGACAAAGAGUGCAAGCAGGUGUGCUUAAGAAAUUGUUCUUGCACUGCAUAUAUGACCAUAGAAGCUGAAGGGCGCAUUGAUUGCUUGACAUGGUAUGGUGAGUUGCUGGACAUUUUAGUGCACACACAGGUAGGGCGAGAUCUACAUGUUCGUGUGGACAAAAUCGAAUUAGCUGAAAAUUCCAGAAACUCAAAAGUUUUUCUUAAAAGGAGGGGUAUGCUGGCUAUUCUGAUGUUGUCUGUUCUUCUGGCAUUGAUACUAAUCCUUGCGUUGUCCUGUUGGUGGCUCAAGAAAAAGAGGAAGACGAAAGAUGAACUUGAAGAAACCAGAAGACACCCUGAAUUGCAAUUUUUCAAUCUGAGCACAAUAAUAGCAGCUACGGACAAUUUCUCUUCCCUCAAUAAACUUGGCCAAGGUGGUUUUGGUACGGUUUAUAAGGGCCAGUUACCAAAUGAUGAUCGGAUUAUUGCUGUAAAAAGAUUGUCCAGAACUUCAGGACAAGGGGUUGAAGAAUUCAAAAAUGAAGUUGCGCUGAUAGCAAGACUUCAACACAGGAACCUCGUGAAACUUUUAGGCUGUUGUAUAAGGGGAGAAGAAAGGAUGUUGAUCCUGGAACACUUGCCGAACAAGAGCUUGGACUACUUUCUUUUUGACCAUACAAGAAGGUCCUUGUUGGAUUGGAAAAUACGUUUUGAAAUAGUCAACGGGGUUGCUCGUGGGAUUCUGUAUCUCCAUCAGGACUCAAGACUUAGGAUUAUCCACAGGGAUCUAAAAACCAGUAAUGUUCUUCUAGAUGCUGAGUUGAACCCGAAAAUCUCAGAUUUCGGCAUGGCAAGGAUAUUCCAUGGGGACCAACUGCAGGAUAAGACCAGCAGAAUUGUCGGAACAUAUGGAUAUAUGUCACCAGAAUAUGCAGUGUUUGGGAGGUAUUCAACGAAAUCGGAUGUAUUUAGUUUUGGGAUCAUCUUAUUGGAGAUUGUAAGCGGAAGUAAAAACAAUGGUUCGUAUCAGGAGGAUCAUUCCGUGAACUUGAUAGGACAUGUUUGGCAGCUGUGGAGAGAAGACAGAGCCUUAGAAAUCGUGGAUUCGUCAUUGGAGUCGUAUCAAUCAGAUGAAGUCAUGCGAUGCAUUCAAGUCGGGCUCUUGUGCGUUCAAGAAGAUUCAAAGGACCGACCGACUAUGUCAGCAGUUGUAUUCAUGUUGAGUGGCGAAGCAUCUCUACCAUCUCCUCAGCAGCCUGCAUUUGUCUUCAGAAAAAGUUCAUGCAGUGUUGCUGAUCCAUCAAUUCCGAAAGGAUUAUAUUCUGUUGAAGAUUUCACAAUAACUAGAGUUGAAGCUCGAUAAUGAUUCAGCCUCUUGCUUGACUAUAAUUCCUAGAUGAUCUGUACAGUAUACUGUGAAAUGUAAUCGUAUAAUGUAUUCUAGAUAAGUUCACGAGCGCCAUUCGGACUCGGUAGCACGGUGCCAAAAAUAUCGAGAAAUUUCAUUUCCUUCCUACAGAAUAAUGAACAAAUCCGGUAGCUAGGUCUCUAACGAAAUUUGGUCAACAAUUCGGUUCGUUUGGCCGAACGGCUUUGAUUAGAAGCUCCCUUUGGAAAUGACCAACACAACAUGUCCCUUGUAUUCUUAUAGAGUUCGAAAUUCAAAAAUCAUAAUUUUCUGUA